CACUGAAAAACUGCCUGGCUGGAUUUCCACUACGAUGAUCAAACCGUUCCGGCUGCGCACAAGUGUUCGGACCGCGGCCGCCGAGAACAGACUCUGGGGAUGGAACAUUUACGAUAAAACGUCGGGGAAAAAUUCCACGCAGGUUCCUGUGACUCUGGGUGAAGAUGACCUUCUUUCAGAACAACUUCUGGGGCGAGAAGAAUGCCGGCUUCGACGUGCUCUACCACAACAUGAAGCACGGCCAGCUGGCCACCAAGGAACUGGCCGAGUUCGUCCGUGAGAGCGCUGCUGUUGAAGAGACUUACUCCAAGUCCAUGAGCAAACUGGCCAAGAUUGCCAGCAACGGGAGUCCUCAGGGGACCUUUGCCCCCAUGUGGGAUGUGUUCAGGGUCUCCUCGGACAAACUGGCCCUGUGCCACCUGGAGCUGAUGAGGAAGAUGAACGACCUCAUCCGGGACUUCAACAAGUACGGGGACGAGCAGGUCAAAGUUCACCGCAAGACCAAGGAGGAGAUGGCGGGCACGGUGGAGGCGGUGCAGGCGCUGCAGGUGCAGAACGGCCACCUGCUGAAGUCUAAGGAGGGGUACCACGCCAAGUGCUGCGAGCUGGACCGGCUCCGGAAGGAGGGGGCGCCGCCGAAGGAGCUGGAGAAGGCGGAGCUGAAGUCCAAGAAAGCGGCCGAGUCGCUGGCGGCGUGCGUCGAGAAGUUCAACCGCGUGGGCGGAGAGUUCGAGCAGAAGAUGAGCGAGUCCUCCCAGAAGUUUCAGGAAAUCGAGGAGACCCACCUGCGGCAGGUGAAGCAGCUGAUCAAAGGUUACUCCCACUCCAUAGAGGACACCCACGUUCAAGUGGGACAGGUCCACGAGGAAUUCAAGCAGAAUGUGGAAAACAUCGGCGUCGACGACCUCAUCCAGAAGUUUGCGGAGCAGAAGGGAACCGGCAAGGACCGGCCAGCCGCGGCGUGUGUCGAGGAGCACAUGACGGCUCCGCCUCCAGAGGGCGGUAAGAAGAGUCGAGCCAAAGCCUUCAGGAUCCCCGGCCUCGGCAAGAGGGACAAGGAGCCGGACUCCACAGACUCCCCUGUGACGGAGACGCUGAAUUCGCCCCUGGAAGUCGACGAUGAGGGAUUCAUCAUCCGAGCUGACAGCACACACAAUGGCUGCUCCGAGGACAAAGAACACAACUUCUACUCCAGCGACUCCGACUUCGACGACGAGGAGCCCAAGAAGUUCCACAUCCAGAUCCGCCCGGUGGCGAGCGGCCGCGGCCGCUCCGCCGCCACGGAGAAGGAGCUGAAGGCCACGAUGCGGGCACUCACGCUGCCGCCCAACAGGGGCGGCCGGCAGCAGGUCGCGGUGUCGCUGCAGCGUCACCUCUCCAGGAACUCCAGUUCUGCAGGAGGUCGAUCAGAAGAGGGCGACGUGUCCUCCCACAGGGAUGGAGAGCAGGAGGGUCUCUGCAGGUCCACCUCCAGUCCUGAUCACAGCAGGCUGAGCUCCACGGCCUCCGACAGUCUGUUCGGUCCUCCUCUGGAGUCGACCUUCAAGUCCAAGAGCUUCUCGAGUCGGGAGCUCGGUGCCUUCAGGGCCUUCGGGAACUCUGAGUACGCCUUCUCGUCCGACUCGUCGUCUCCGGACAACGUGGAGGACUCGGGUCUGGACUCGCCGUCCCAUCAGCCCCUGGGCCCGUCCCCCGAGCCGGCGGGCUGGGCGGCGUGGCCCCCGCCCCCCGCGGCGCCGAUGCAGACGCUGGGCCGGCCCGCCGACCCGUUCCCCUCCGCCUUCCGCGACCCCUCCCCCGCUCGCAGCCCGCCUCGCCCGCGGGGGGGCGACCCCGCCGGCGUCUGGUCCGUGGCCUCGUCGCGUCCCUCGGUCGCCGACCCGCCGUCGUCCGCGCGGUUCCCCGCCUUCUCCCCGCAGCCCCUCCUCCUCCCCACGCCGGAGGCGGAGUCAUCUGUGUGGAGCUGCAGGCACGUCCCCCCCGAGGACCCCUUCCUCGCCGCCAUCGAGAGGACCGGCGCCCCGGAGGCGUCCGACCUGUCGAGCGCCUGGGCGCGGCCGCCGCCUCGCCCGAGACCCGACCCGUUCGCCGUCGCCCAGGCGCCGCUCCCCACCUCCUCCUCCUCUUCCUCCUCUCACCGUAAACGAGACCAGAGCCUCCCGCCGCCCGAUGACCCGUUUGCCAUCACGAUGAUCGGCAGCCCCACGCACCAAUCGUCUCUGGCUGCCGCUGGGGGGGGCGGGGCCUCCACCCACAGCAACCGGCCGCUACUGGAGGCCACCUCCAGCUCGUUGCCCUCGGCUCAGCCCAAGGAGCUGAUUCACUGGAACUCCUUCCACAACCCCGUCAGUGAGAGCGGCUCCAAGGAGGGAGGAGCUAAAGGAGAGGGAGGAGCUAAAGGAGGUGGAGGUGGAGGUCGAGGAGAGGGAGGCGGAGGGAGGAGGAAACAUCGGUCGUCGGACGGCGGCGAGCCGCGUCGGAACGCCCCGCCGCUCACGAGGCAUUCAGGGCCUCAGGUGGAUCUGUGCUUCUCCACCGAUAAGGAUCAGGACUGUCUGGACCUGAACACGCCGCCGGCGCCCAGCGGCUCGCACGCCGGGUCCAAGCACACCAGCGUCCGGCGGGACUCGGCCGACGUGUCUUCAGCUCCGAGAACGACUCGAGUCAAAAGGACGUCGGGGCGACAAGGCGGCUGCGAGAGAUCGCGCUCGCUGUGCUCCUCCCCGCAGCCGGAGCCCCGCCCGGCCCUCAGCGCCUCCUCCUCCCCCGGUGAGUGGGGCCCUAAGGCCGGGGCCUCGUGGGGGGGGCAGGACCGGGCCCCGAGCCCCGCCUCCCCUCCGCCCCCCCAGAACCAGGACCAGCAGCAGAGACAGCGUCACCUGUCUCGAGGGCCCAGUCCCAUUCCACUGGGCACACAGGAGGCGUGGCCUGUGGCGGCGGCCAUCACGGAGUACAUCAACGCCUACUUCAAAGGGGGGCAGCACAACCACUGUCUGGUGAGGAUCACAGGAGACCUGACCGUGUCUUUCCCCGCCGCCGUCGCCCGCAUGUUCACCGCCAACAUCAACGUCCCGCCGCUCGGCUUCCGGCUGCUCAACGCCUCGAGGAUCGAUCACGUCCUGCCCAAUCAGACGCUGCUCUACAGCGACCCGUCUCAGAGCGACCCCGACUCCAGGGACUUCCUGUUCAACAUGGCGUCUCUGCAGCUCCACCUGCAGCGGGAGGCGGAGCUGAACCCUCAGGCGUCGUACUACAACAUCGCCUUGCUCAAGUACCAGGUGUCGUCCCAGGACCCGGGCCGGGCCCCCCUCCUGCUGUCGGCGGAGUGCCAGCGCGGCGGCACGGUGACCCGGGUCUCUCUGGACUACCACUGCUGCCCGGCCACGGCGCCGUCCACGCAGCUCGCCGCCGUGCAGGUUCUGCUGCCGCUGGACCGCGACGCCUCGGACCUGCAGUGCCAGCCGCCGGCCUCCUGGAACGCGGAGGAGAGACGGUUGCUGUGGAAACUCCCAAACAUCUCCCCGACCAAUCACAGCAAAGGCUCGGGGACCCUGUGUGCCAGCUGGCAGAGCCCGGAGCCCCCCCGCGGCCCCCCCCCCAGCCUGGCGGUGCAGUUCGUGGGCUCGGGGGCGUCGCUGUCGGGCGUCGGCGUGGAGCUGCUCGGCGCUCGCUACCGCCUGUCGCUCGUCAAGAAGAGGUUCGCCACAGGGAAGUACCUGGCCGGCUGCUCCUCGUGAGGAGGCGCUCGGCCUGGAGGACGACGUGCACUUAACUUCUGACGUCCUGCUUUAGGACCACGCCCCUUUUCCUUCUUCUUUAACUUAAUGUGUCGCACACUAAGCGGUCCCCAGCGUUUCUGUUUCCUGUUCUGAGACUUUAAAUCUGGACUCGAGUUGCCAUGAAACGAGGAAUUUUUAAAUUAUGUAAAUACUUUGAGGAAAAAAAAAAGUUCUACCAAACCUGAGAAAAUAAAUGUUUGUACAUAUGAUUGUUCAGAAUAAGUUUUUUGUGAUGUUGAUGUUUAAUAAAAAUAAUUAAAGUGC